AUGUUAAUCUUUGCCAACUUUUGGAUGGACUUUAUUAUACUGGUCACAGUAUUAUUCUCAAUUAUCUAUUACUAUUGUACUUCGACAUUCAAUGUAUGGAAAAAACUCAAUGUGCCUUACGUCCGUCCAAUUCCUCUGUUUGGCAACUACUUGAGAGUAGCACUAGGCAUAGAGAAUCCAAUGGAAACGUACAAGAGCAUUUAUUACGAGCUAGCUGGAUUCAAGUACGGGGGUAUGUUUCAGAUGCGGACACCGUACUUAAUGAUCCGAGAUCCUGAAAUCAUUAACAACAUACUGAUUAAGGACUUUUCGUAUUUUACCGAUCGUGGUAUUCACGUGGAUUUUAAAGCCGAACCCAUGUCAGAAGUACUGUUUCUUAUGGAAAACCCUCGAUGGAAAAAACUUAGAACUAAAUUGAGCCCAGCGUUCACAUCGGGAAAACUUAAACAGAUGUAUAGUCAAAUCGAAAAGUGUGGCCAAGAUAUGAUGAUUAAUAUUUUUGCCGAGCUAAAGAAAAAUCCCAACGAAAUUGAUGUACGAGAUAUUUUGGGAAAAUAUUCAAUAGAUGUUAUCGGUAGUUGUGCUUUUGGACUGACGUUAAAUGUAACAAGCGAUGAUACUUCUUUAUUUCGUAGCUAUGGAAAAACCGCAUUCGGACCAUCUAUAUUUUAUUUUAUAAGAGAGAUAUGUGUGAUGAUUUCACCGGCUAUUCUGAAAAUUGUAAGACUUCCUUUUUUCCCAAAAAACACAACUGCUUUUUUCGGAUCAGUAUUUAAAGAAACAAUGAUGUACAGAAAAAAAAAUAAUGUAGUGAGGAAUGAUAUUGUUCAUGCUUUAAUUCAAGCACAUCAAGCCAAUGAAAAUUCAUCUAAAGAUGAAAUAUUAACGGAAUCUCAAAUUUUAUCAAAUGCUUUUGGUUUUUUUGCUGCUGGGUUCGAUACUACAUCAACUUCUCUUUCUUAUUGUUUGUAUGAACUUGCAUUGAAAAAAAACAUUCAAGACCGAGUACGCGAAGAAAUAAAAUCGACAAAAUCUAAAUACAACGGAGUAAUUGAUAAUAAUUUUUUGAAUGAUCUGAAUUAUUUAGAUAUGGUUAUAGCAGAAUCACUCAGAAAAUAUCCUUUACUGUUUGCUCUGUUCAGAGUAGCUACAAAAACCUAUCGUGUACCAAACGAUUCAUUAAUAAUUGAGAAGGGGCAGAAAAUUAUAAUUCCCAUUUUUUCACUACAUUAUGAUCCUAGAUAUUUUAGUGAUCCCGAAGUAUUCAAUCCUGAAAGAUUUUCCACCAAAGAAAAGGCAAAGCGACCUAAUAGCGUGUAUCUUCCAUUUGGCGAUGGACCCAGGAUUUGUAUUGGAAAACGUUUUGCUGAGAUGGAAAUGAAAUUAGCUUUAGUUGAAAUUUUAUCCAAAUUCGAAGUGGAACCGUGUGAGAAGACCAAGAUCCCUAUACAGUUUAGUAAAUUAUCUGUGGUAGUGAUUCCGAAAGAUGAAAAAGUUUUGUUAAAACUAAAUCCACUCUCUGAAUAA